AGACAGGCAGCGGGAGCAACAGUAGCAGCGGUCGUCGCACUGGAAACCUACACCACCAACAUGAAGUGCUUGAUCGUCCUGAGUGCUGUCGUGGCCGUGGCCCUUGCCAAGCCCGGCUUCCUGGGGGCGGGCGUCGCCGCCCCCGCCUACGCCGCAGGCCUCGCUGCCGCCGUCCAGCCAGCUCCUGUCUAUGUGGGCGGCAUCCACCCCGGCCUCGCCGCCUACGGUCCGGCCAACAUCGUCGUCGGGCCAGGUGGCUACAACCUGAACACCCCUGACGUGGCCGCCGCCAGGGGCGCCCACCUGGCCGCCGUCGCCCAGACGAGGGCCCGCGACGCCGCCAUCAACGGUGCCGCCCUCGCCGCCGCCUCCGCCGCAGCCUACGGCGCUUACGCCGCCCCCGCUGUCGUCGCCGCCCCCGCCGUCGCCGCCGUCGCUCCUGCGGCUGUCGCUGCUCCUGGCCUAUUGGCUGCUCCCGGAUCCCUGGCUGCCCUCAAGGCUGCCUACCACGGCUAAAACAACUACGCUAGACGACGGUUAACACCGUGCAACAGAUCACCUCACCGACUACUCAAAAGGGAGAAAGCAGCGCGAACUAUAAAGUAUUCGUUUACACUGUACAGAAAAAGGCAAAAGAUAAUAAAUUAUACUUUACAUUCUAA